AUGCAAAUUUACCAGAUUCUGCGAUUCAGAGAAGUAAAUGGUAAUGGUAAUAACGGUACUGUUAUUCAAAGCUCGCCUUCCUCCUCGAAAACUGCACCGACAGUACCGUGGAUCACAUCAACUGAAUCGAUAAUCAAACGCGAUAAGCGUCUAGUACCAAGCGAAAAUCCUUACGGAUCAAGUGAAAGUAAUUAUAGCAACAGCAUAAACGAUAACAGCGACAACGAUAAUCAUGCGGGCUACGUUCAAGUUGUUAGUAGUGAUGAGCUAGGUCAGCAAAUGCCCAAACAAGAUGAUAGCGCAACUCCUGAUGAAUGCUUGAAAUUCUCAGCCCUGUCGCAAACCACUUACAUCAUCUUGGUNNCGGAAAAAUAA